CACACAAACAGACAAAUAUCGUCAAUAUAAUAUGAUAUUUUUUAUUUACUUUCAAGAUAAAGAUGUCAAAGACAAAGCAACCUUCGAUCAUCCGGCGUACACCUCGUGUUUGCUAUGUUGUUGUUGGACUACUCUGUUUUAUCAUUGUCGGGAUACUCAUAGCGUCUGGAAUCAUCAUUCAUCGUCUUAACGUUAAAAUAUCGUCAUUUCACGAAGAGGAACAUUGUCCGUCUCGUGAUCAAAACAUAAAUCUUGACCCUCCGGAAGUACUUCCGCCUUUUUAUGACCUUACAAAAGAUGAAAUUUUAGCAAUUAAAGGAUUUUUAUAUAGACAGCCAGAUUUAAACCUUGUUCAUGCAUCUGAAAUUCAUACAAAUAAAAGCUUUAUAUAUACAAUGGAACUUUAUGUUCCAGAAAAAGAGGAAACCUUGAGAUUUCUGGAUGAAUCAGGGCCUGCACCAAAAAGGGAAGGGAAGGUUAUUAUCUAUCGGGGUGACAAAAAGGAUCCUUUUGUGCAAGAAAUAAUUGUCGGACCACUUCCAAAUCCAACGGAGAAACGAUCAGAGAAACAACGACCGUUUACGUAUCGCCCUUUAUCAACACCUGAAUAUUUUGGGACUAUCGCAAUAAUCAAACAUGAAAUAGAAAACAAAAUUAAUCAUAUUUUAGAAGAAAGUUACGGAGGGAAAGUUGGCCAGUGUUUAGACAAAUGUUUAGAUCUUCAAAUGAUAACUCCAAUGUCACCAGUAUCUUCAGGCGAACCAACCUCAAGGAAAAUAUGGUUCUGGCUUGCACCUGUUGGCGAGUUUUGGAGCCUUAAUCCUCUAGACUUUUCUGUACUGAUGGACAUGACAAGCACCAGGGUUGAUGAAUACAGAAUAGACAAAAUAUACUAUGGAAACAAUAUGUAUAAUUCGGUCGAUGAUCUUGUUACUGCUUAUGAUUCAGGAGCAAUUUCUAAAACUAAAAUUAAGUUUCCAACCAUAAACAAGAACUGGUAUUCUACUAUGAACAGGAGGGGAACUUUGUUUCCGGAGGAAGGUUUACUACCGCCGAGGGAGUUUGAACCGAGUGGAAAACGAUAUUCCAUUCAUGGGCGCCAUAUUAAAUACAUGGGCUGGAGUUUUGACGUAAGAAUGUCAACAAUGAGUGGCCCUCAAAUAUUUGACAUCCGGUACAAUAACGAAAGAAUCGCUUAUGAAAUGAGUCUACAAGAAAUUGCUGUUUUUUAUUCUGCAAAUAGUCCUACUCAACGUUUUGCAGAUUAUGUUGAUAGCGCAGCCAUGAUUGGAUCCCGAACGAAAUAUCUUGUUUCCGGUGCAGAUUGUCCUGCUCACUCAACUUAUUUGAGUUCCGAUGUAGUUCUUGAUGAUUCCGAAGACCCGAUUCAUUUUGAGCGAGCAUUUUGUGUUUUUGAGCAUAAUACAGGUACCCCGUUAAGGAGACAUCUAACUUACCAAGGCAACCGGGUAUUUUAUGGAGGAAUGAUGGAUACAGUACUGACAGUUAGAACAAUUUCAUCGCUAGCCAAUUACGAUUAUAUUAUUGAUUUUAUUUUCCAUCAGAAUGGGGCUGUGGAAUAUAAAAUUAUAUCAACGGGUUACAUAUUGACAUCUUUUAGACAUCCACCGGAAGAUAGCUACGGUUUCCGGUUGCGCGAUCAUAUUACCGGAAAUAUUCACCACCACAUGUUUCAUGUAAAAGUUGACUUAGAUAUUCAUGGACAUAAAAAUAGAUUUGAAACGAUCGAAAUAGUUCCCGAAGAAGUAGAUAACACAAUGUUUCCAAAAUCGAAUCGAAAGUAUCAUCAGACGAAAAUGGUUCGUCAAUUGGUUGGAUCAGAAAAAGAGGCAGCUUUGAAGUUUGACUUUGAUGUACCUAAAUAUCUCACAUUCUACAACAAGGACUUUAUAUCUUCUACCGGUGCUCCAAGAGCAUAUAGGCUGUUUACGAGAGGAACUUCAAAACAGGUUAUCAAAGAAGGUACUGGACAGGAACCGGCUAUUUCGUGGGCACGUUAUCAGGUAGCUGUAACAAAAUAUAAGGAAACUGAAAGGCGAAGCAGUUCAGUGUAUGCUAUGUAUGACGGUAUGAACCCAGUUGUUGACUUCCAGAGUUUCAUUGACGACAAUGAGACCAUUACUGAUACGGAUCAAGUGGCCUGGGUUACAUUGGGAAUACAUCAUAUCCCUCAUAUGGAGGACAUACCCGUUACUCCUACUGUUGGUCUUGAUCUAGGAUUCUUUCUUCUGCCAUACAAUUACUUUGACGAAGAUCCUGCUAUGGGUUCAGGAGAUGCCAUACGGAUUGAACCGGAAUCACAAAGAGAUUAUAGUAAAGGUUUAAGAAUAGAAACAUAUGGGAAAUCUGAUAACGCACAGUGUAAGCCAAGACAGUCAAUGUUUAUCGAGAAUCUAAAGAAAUCUCCAUACAGUAUAUUUGGCCAGUUGGGUGUUGUAUAAUUAGUAGCAUAUGAUUAAGGAAAUCACCUGUAUUGGAGUACAAUAGACUUUAGUCUCAUGGAGAAGAUUCUUUUCUUUGGGAUCAGUGAUUGUGAAAAAACGUCAUGACAUAUGCUUAUACUUAUGCUCAAGAAACUCGUAAUCAAAUGCAAUAUGAUUAUUAAUUAUGUUAUUUUAUCACAUGUAUAAAUAUUUUCAUAGGUAUUAAUAUAUACUAGUAUGUUUUUAGAUGCAAUUGUGUACGUUAUGCACCUAAAUUGUCAGGACUUGACAACUAGGAUUAAAUGUUACACUAUUGUGCAUGUUAGCAUCACAUUGUAAACAAAUAUUAAUGAUACGCAAUGGUAAUUUGUUCAGCAAAACGAAUUCGCGUCAUAAUGUAUUAUAAAUUGUUAUUUUUUUUUAUAUAUAUCAUUUACAUGUACAUCAUUUUAAGUCUGCUUGAGCAUUCUAUAUUUCUUCUAUUUCUAAUAUCAUAUAUUAAGGAUAACGAACCCUAUCUAAUACGUUCUCGAGUUUGAGUCGUUUGCUUGUUACAUUUUAUUGAUAACUAUAUAUUGGAACUGGAAGCCUGUGGUAAUCACUUAGAAUGUGAGAAGUCUGGGGUUCGAAUACCAGUCCAGGCAACCGAAAACAGUGUCUUUUUUAGUGAAAUGAACUUUUUUCUCAAGAAAUCAGUCAAACUAUGCAAAGGAAGGAUCGUCCAUGGCCGAGUGGUUAAGAUCGUUGACUUCAAUUCACUUGUGCCUCACCACUGUUAGUUCAAAUCGCGGCAGGGGCUUAGAUCCUCACAUGGUCGGUGGUCUACUCGUGUGCCUUAAAUAAUCCUCUACCAGUACAGCCG